CACCACGACGCUCUACUUCACCACGCCACGCCUUUGCAAAUCCUUCUCCCCAGACAUAGACCUCUACGGCCCCUUUGCCCUUUCAGAUUACGACACUAUAGAUCCUAUCCCACUCGCCUCGACCAACAUGCAAUAAUGGCCCCCGCCACAAUACCUUCAACAGCAACCCCCUCCUCCACCGACCUACGCGCGGAGCUCAAAGAAUGGGAGCGAGCGUUCGCCGACGCCAACGGCGGCAGAAAAGCCGAUCGAAGUGAUAUCAAGAAAGUUCCUGAAAUCGCCGCCAAAUACAAAGAAUAUUCCCGCCUCAAAGCCCUCGAAACAUCCUCCACCAGCAAUCCGUCCUCCAGACCAACCGAAAACGCCCGACACCACAGCGAAAAGAAACGCAAACACGCCUCCCCGCAUGGGCCAUCGGACAACCUCCUCAACACCCCACGGAAGAAACCCGACAAUGCCGGGGCCGGGGCCGGGGCGUUUGAGACGCCAUCCCGAAAGACGACCUCCACCUCCCAUCCUGCAGAGGUCGAUCCGUACGACUCGCCGUCGGUGCUGCGACGGCUCUUCAGCCCGACCACGCACCUGUCGCCGUUGAAGGCGGCGAUCGGGCCGACGCCCCAGCGCGACGGCAAGGCGCUGGGGCUCUUCGAUCUCCUGUCGGAGUCCGGCGGGAGUGCGGCGACGCCGUCGGCGACGAGGAUCGCGAGUCUGAAGGAGGCGAGUGUGCGGACGCCGUCGCGACGGACAAAAACCCGGAAGAUGAAGAGCGGGACUAUGGAUACGAUUGCGGAGGAGGAGGGGGAGAAGGAGGCGGAAGGGGAAGGAGGUGAGGACAGUGAGGAUGAUGAUGAGGGUUCGAGGCUGGGAAGGACUCCGACUUCGUCGGGGAAGAAGUGGAUGCUGUCGACGCUGUUCGCUACGCCUACGACGUGGCGGUAUGCGACGAUGAUGGAUGAUGGGUCUAAUACGGGGACAGCGGUAGCAGGAGGAGUAGCGGCAGCGGGAGGGGGGGCAGAGGGGGGUCCAGCGAAGGCAACGCAGGAGCCGAACGGGCCUGAGACUCCCUCGUUCCUGCGCCGGUCGACGUCGGGACGGUACGAUACCUCAAAUAUCACGGGUGGGUUGAGUCCGAUGGCCACGCGGAAGCGACCCCAGUUCGUCGGGAAGGGCCUCUCGGCUUUGGUGAAGGGGUUGCGCGACAUGGAAGAGGAGCAGAUGGAGGAUGACAUGGAUGUCCUACGGGAGAUCGAGGCCGAGCAGGCGGCGAUGAUGGACGCCCAGGUGGCCGAUAGCCAGGCCGCGGCGGCUGAGAACGAGGGCGCUCCGGUCUGGAAGAAGAAGGGCCAGAAGCGGACCACCCGCAAGGUGCGCAUGAAGCCGGUGGUUGCAACUUCGAGGCAGUCUGCGCCCGAAUUGCCGUCCUUUUCGGAUGAAGAGGAGGAGGAGGAUGGCCCUGAUGGGGGAGCCACCGCCGUCCGCGAAACUCAGCAGCUCGUAGCCCCCGGCCCUCUGGACCGGAGCCAUACCGAGGUCUCUGACUUGGACGACCUCGAUUCGUUACACACCAUGUCGGAACCGGAUCUGUCCGACUUCGACCCGGACUAUGACGAAGGACCCCAGCCUCGAGAGAAGAGCAAGAGCUUCUCCGAGAAGAUGAAGGAGGCCAUCGCGGCCGGCAAGCCGCCAGCAACAGAGACUCCGGAGAAACCACCCGUACGACUUCAGACGCAGGCAAAGGACCCCGAGCCCAAGCAGCCACGCGCACGCAAGGUCAAUCCGGAAGCGCACGCCAACUACCGGUCGUUGAAGAUCCGAAACAAGAACUUCAAGGGACGAGGCGGCGGGCGCUUCGGCAGGCGACGUUAGAAUUCCGCACCUAAACAUCACGAGCCAUGAACCCUGCUAGCGUAUUCUUCUCGUUUGCAUCAUCCAAGAUACCAGUCUUAUGAUUUAUACAUUUGUCUAUAGCAUGCACCAAUC